ACCUUCACAGACAUCUUGGGGGUUUUCUUCUUCUUCUUUUUUAAAAAAUACAUCCAUUUACACUGAGAUUAUAUUACAGCAUGAGUGAGCUAUUAACUAAUAAUUUUUUUAAAUAAUUAAUGUAUCACAACUGCCCCAAUAAAUUAACAAUGACAUAAAAUUAAUAUUCAACAGGACUGAAAUCAACUUAUUAGUUUCGCGUGUGGCUCUUUGGGAAAGUUGUGUUAGUGGAUAGUAAAUGAGUGUAUCUUAUAAUAUUUGCAUCUGUUUAUAAUCAUUAUAAUAAUUAAACAUGCUAUUGCAUUAGAUAUUAAACCUAACGCUGUUAACGUUAUUUAAACACGUGGUCCAUUGUUAAGCCAUUCUCUGAUAAGGUCUCAGCCGUUUAGAAAUCAAUAACAGUGUCAUGUGCCUUUAAGACGCCAGUCAGGGUGGACCCAACGUCGGCGUUAGACGCUCAGGAAGUGGAUUAAACCACCAAAGAUUCCCGCAGAUUCGAUACCGAUUGUCCCAAUGUUAGAUACGUGUUCGUGCUAACCUGAACGUUUGGCCGAGCACGUUUAUGGGCUAUUUAGGACGAUAAUGCUGGAUGGUUGCGCUCAUGAAAAUCACCAGGGAUAUAUGCAGGCUGUUGGGACUCGGGAGCGUUAAAUGGAGAGGAGGAGUUGAGUGAUGAGGAGAAAGCAAGACGGAAGGCAGAGCGACGCAAAGCCAAGAGGAAGCGCCGUCGAAAACGUAAGAAGCAGGAGCAAAAUAAGCAAAAUCACAAUGCUGAACAGGAUGACGAAGAGGAUGGAGGUGCAGAAUCUGAACUAGACGAGAGCGAUUCCGAAGCAGAAGUUGGGGGUGAAGACGAGAAACAACGGGCGCAGCAAGAAGAGGAGGGGAAAUUGGAGGCCUGCUCUAAAGAUCUUGCUACUCCUGCUAUUGCUCCUUCAGGAUAUCAGGAGACCCAAGCCAGAUCUGCUGAGGAGGAGCCAGAGUGGGAUGUCAGCAGUGCCUUCUUUGCAAAUGCUGCUAGCCAUAUCAAACCCAAAGGAUCAAGUCGAAAGUCCAAAGAAAACAAGGAGAAUGAAGCCAGGAGAGAGACAAAUGGAACUGACACCAUGACCAAGAAAAGUGCAUCACUGACAGAAAAAGGGAUAAAGCUGGUGCAAGAGGGGCAGUAUGCACAAGCAGCCAGUAUGUUUACAGAAGCCAUAAAAUGUGAUCCCAAAGAUUACAGAUUCUUUGGGAAUCGCUCCUAUUGCUAUUACUGCUUGGAGCAGUAUCCUCAGGCCCUGGCAGAUGCUGAACGCUCCAUUCAGCUGGCCCCAGACUGGCCCAAAGGAUACUUCCGCAAGGGCAGUGCCCUCAUGGGCAUGAAGCGGUACAGUGAGGCAGAAAAGGCUAUGGAGCAGGUGCUGAAGCUGGACAAAGACUGCGAGGAGGCUGUCAAUAAUCUAUUUAACUGCAAAGUGCUGCAGUUAAUGGAACUGGGCUUUGAAGAAGUGCAGAGUGUCUUGCUGUUAGAUAGAUUUUCAACAGUGCAGGGUGUUCUGGCAUAUUAUUCUGAAGCAGCCAAAACAGCAGCUGGGAGCACAGAUUCAUCUGUUGUGCAACCAGGAACUCCCUGUCAAUCCCUCUGGGUGGGAAAUGUGACAACUGAAUUAACUGAGAAACACUUAAGGGACCUUUUUAAAAUGUAUGGUGAGAUUGAGAGUAUCCGUGUGCUGCAUGAGAGAUUCUGUGCCUUUGUUAACUUCAGGGAUGCAAGCAUGGCUGCUCGUGCCAUGGAGAAACUAAAUGGUCACUGUAUUGAAAACACUCGUUUAGUGGUGCGCUAUCCUGACCGCCGCACUCAGAGGUCCCUUCCUAUUCCACUCAAGACUUGCCUCCCUGUCACACAGCAGGGAGGCACAGCUGCUGGACCCCGAAGACGCGGCCCGGUUAACGGAGAUGAGUGUUACUUCUGGAGAACCACUGGCUGCCAUUUUGGGGAAAAAUGUCGCUACAAACACAUUCCUGAUCAGAAGGGCAAGGAUAGGAAACCUUGGCAGCCUUGAACACAGUUUACUCUCUGCCUCAUUACUGAAAAAAGAAACCGGGAUACGCCGACUGUGCCAAUGGGACUGGUUCUUGCCGCACAAGGUUCUCUGGGCUAAAAAUAUUUACUGUGGCAGACUGGAUAAGAAUGGCCAAAGGUUCAGAGCCAGCAUUCAGGUUCUACUGGAGGGGGGGUAGUCACAUGUACCACAAAGGAUUUGGACCAUGAAGGUUUAUAUUCUAAC